AUCAUGUCACCUUCCCUCACGAAAUAUCUCAUUUCAUCAUCCACUGCAGCUUAUACAUCUGCCACUAAGCACUCCUUUCUCACAGCAGCAGGCAGCGGAACUCUUGAUCACAAUCUGCUCGCUCUCUGGCUUGCUCAGGACAGAAUAUACGCUGCUCACGCGUAUCCGAAAUUCAUUGGAUCUCUUAUAUCGAACAUCCCAUUCAAUUCGAAAGAUUCUCUUAAUUCGACCCAAGAACUUCUCAACCAACGAAUAUUCAAACUUCUGCUGUUCUCUCUGCAGAAUGUCGACCGAGAAGUCGGGUUCUUUCAGGAAACAGCACAAAAAUGGGGUUUGAAUUUGGAAGGAUGGCCUGAGAGAAAAGGGACAAGAAACUAUACGGCAGAGAUGUCAAGAAUAUCAAAUGAUGGUGCGGUAGUCGACGGUUUGAUCUUCCUCUGGGCUAUGGAAAGGGUAUAUCUGGAUGCAUGGACCUACGUUCGAGAUUUGACCAAUACCAGUGCCUUAUUCAUAUUCUCCUCUAAAUCUCUAACACGAACAAACUCCGCUAUCAUUUCUCUAUCGGACAACUGGAGCUGUCCAGAAUUUGUCAAGUUCGUUGACGACUUGGCAGAUCUGGUGGACUCAUUGGGAAUUCAACCAGGAUCUGCAGAGUGGAGCCGUGCAGAGGAAGUUUGGGCAAGAGUAAUAGAGCUCGAAGCAGACUUUUGGCCCACAGAAGUUUGAAGAAGAGGCUCGACUCGCGAAAUGAACAUAGCAAGGAUUGCAAGAUCAAUACAAACAGAAAUAUGUACAGUAGGUACUUGUCACGUCUGUCAAAGCUAGGUGGAGUAUAUUCAAGGAAAUGAGGUUUCUACAUCAGCCACA